UAUAUUGAAUGAAAUCCUUAAAGUCUCACUAAAAUAUGUUUCUUUUCAUUAUUUUGUAAUGUUUUAUUUCAGUAUUUAAAAACCUGCCAAUCAGCAAAGAGUUUGUUUUGGGGAACAGCCUCCUUCCCUCAGAGCAUUGAAGAUGGGUCGUAGAUGGGUCUUCCAACACUGUAGCGCAAAGUCAGAAAAGCCAAGGAGUGGCUCCAUAAGAAGCAUAUCAAUGUUCUGGAAUGGUCUAGCCAGUGUCCAGAUCUAAACCCAACAGACAAUCUUUGGAGGAAGCUCAAACUCUGUGACAGCCCAGAAACCUGACUGAUCUAGAGAAUAUCUGUGUGGAGGAGUGGGCCAAAAUCCCUCCUGCAGUGUGUGCUAAUCUGGUGAAAACAAGGAACAGAAAAUGUUUGACUUCUGUAAUUGCUCACAAAGGCUACUGUAGCAAAUAUUAACAUUAAUUUUUACAGGUGUUUCCGUACUUAUUUGCAGCUUAACAUGCAAAUUAUUUAUUUAAAAAUCAUCCUGAAUUAUCCACAGUUACCACUCCUAUCUGAUUUGUAAGGGUGAGAACUUGCAAAAUCACAGGGUAUUUAAAUACUUAUUUCCCUCACCGUGUACUGUAUAUAAGAUAAUGGUAAAUGUACUUAUACAGCACUUUUUCAAGUUAGAAGACUUGACCAAGGCUCUCUACACUAGAUUCAGGCAUACUGUCACAUAAUGAAGGUAGCGUGCCAUACACAGGCUCCACCAUCAGAAGGCAAAGCGGGUGAAGUGCCUUGUCUAAGGACACAAUGAUGCUGAAAGCCGGAAGUGGGGCUUGAACCAACAACCCCUUCAACCGAAGCAAGACCAAUGCCACCAUUGCCUACUUUUACCAGUGGCAAUAGUGUGAAAAAAGAUGAGCACAACUGUUUUGUGUCUUUCUAUCAGUGGCUAGAGGUGACUAGAUUUAUGCUAAACUGCAAUGUUUCUGGUCUUGCUUAUUUUGCCAGUUAGAAUUAUGCUUCAUUUCAUAGAAAGCACUAAACUAUUUUGAUUGGUUUUUGCGUAUCAAAUUUGUCAAAAGCUACAAAGUAGCUCAUGUGUUUGUUAACUUUUCUGUUUGUAGUUCAUUGGUAAAAGGAAGCAGAUCUCCAGCUCUCAGCAAUCUGUCCAUGAGGAGCGAUCGAUCCAUAGAGGCAGUCCCUGAUUUUGCUGGUGAAACAGCUCCAAGCCAACCAAAGCAAUGUUCAGUCUGUAAAGAGGCUUUAAAGGCUCGAGAGUCGUGUCAGUCGUCUUCAACAUCUGAUGAAUUUUGUCCAAAGUGCCAAAAAACAACCACAGAAACACAUGGUGAAGAACCCGAUUUAAAACUGAAGAAGAAACUUCAAAAAGAAAUGCAAAAGAAAUUCUCGGUUACAGCUGAGGGCAAUGGUGACCCCAAAAUUUCACUGAAAAGUAUUUACACAACUCUCUACGUAACCAAAGGAGAGAGUCUUUCUGAUGAGCAUGAGUUUAGACACCUGAAAGUCCCUCUUAAAAAGCAGUCCUCAGAAGAUUCCUCAGUGAACCUAACGGAAAUGUUUAAAUCUUUAGCGGACCAAGGGAAACCCCACAGAACGGUCCUGACAAAGGGAGUUGCAGGCAUUGGGAAAUCAUUUGCUGUUCAGAAGUUCAUUGUUGACUGGGCUGAGGAGGAAGCAAACCAACAUAUUAACUUUGUUUUUUGUCUUGCUUUUCGAGAAUUGAACCUUGUUAGGAAGGAAAAAAGCCUCAAUGAGCUUCUGAGUGAUUUUCAUCCAGCUCUUCAAUCUCUAAAAGAUCCUCCAGAUUAUAGUAAAGCAAAAAUAGUAAUAAUCCUUGAUGGUCUGGAUGAAAGCCGACUGAAGUUAAAUUUUGAUAACAAUAAGAAAGUGUUGUCUCUGACAGAUGUAACAUCUGUAGAUAACCUGCUUGUAAACCUUAUCCAGGGUAACCUCCUUCCUGAGGCAAACAUCUGGAUAACGUCCCGUCCAGCAGCAGCCAGUCAGAUACCUGCAGAGUACAUUGACUUGGUGACAGAAAUAAGAGGGUUUACCGAUGAUCAGAAAGUGGAAUAUUUCAAAAGGAAAUUUGGUAAUAACUCUAUUCUCACCAAGAGCAUAACAUCACAUAUUCAGUCCUCUCAGUGUCUGGAUAUCAUGUGCCAGAUUCCGAUCUUCUGCUGGCUUUGUUCGGUCUUAUUCUCAGAGGUCUUUGGUGGAGAUGAGAAAGCUGAAAUCCCUCAGACUCUGACAGAGACGAUGGCACAUUUUGUUUUAGCCCAAACAAAACGUAGAAGCAGAAAAUAUGAAAAGAAGAGUAAGACCCACAUGGAGAAGCUUCUGCAGACGCACAAAGAGUUUAAUUUGAAACUUGGGAGGCUUGCAUUUUUCCAACUUCUAGAUAAUAAUCUAAUAUUUUACGAGGAAGACCUGAGAGACAAUGGAAUCGACACAGAAGAAGCUUCUAUCUAUUCUGGUUUUUGCAACACGGUUCUUAGAGAAGAAAAAGUUUUCUACCAGAGAAAGAUCUUCUUCUUUGUGCAUCUGACCCUCCAAGAGUUCUUUGCUGCACUGUAUGUCUAUGAAUGUUUCACUACCAAGAAAACCAAAGAGCUUGUAGAAUUCCUAAAGUUGGAGGAUAAAGAUUAUGCUUUAGCUGACCUCAUAAAGAUGACUGUUGACAAAGUUCUUGAAAAGAAGAAUGGUCAUUUGGACUUUUUCAUGCGGUUCUUACUUGGCCUGAUGAUUGAACCCAACCGAAGACCUCUUCAGGGCAUGUUGACAUCUGUUGACCCAAAUGAAGAUGCAGACAAGAAAGUCUUAACUUACCUGAGAUCUCUCCGAAGAAAGAACCUGUCUCCAGAUAGCUGCAUCAAUAUCUUUCAGGCUUUGGUUGAGAUGAGAGAUCAUAAACUCAAAGAUGAGAUCCAAGAAUAUCUUCAACUGGACAAUCGUUUAAAGAAAGAGUUAACUCCCCUACAUUGCUCUGCCCUGGCCUACAUGCUGCAGGUGUCCAAGAAUGAACUGGAGGAGUUGGACCUAAAAAGUUACAACACAACAGAUGAAGGGAGAAGGAGGCUCAUACCAGCAGUGAGGAGCAGCAAAAAGGCUGUAUUAAAAGACUGCAAGGUGACUGCAGAGUGGAUUAAACACCUGGUCUUUGGUUUAAAGUUCCCAUUUUCCCCGCUCCGAGAUCUGGACCUGAGCAACAACGAUCUGAUGGAUUCAGGUGUGGAGUUGCUCUGUGGCGGACUAUCAAGUCCCUGCUGCAAACUCAAAGUAUUGAGGUUAUCUGGCUGCUGUAUCACAUGGACGGGGUGUGAAUAUCUGGUCUCAGCUCUCAAGUCCAACCCCUCCCACCUGGUGGAACUGGACCUAAGCUACAACCAUUUAGGGGAAACAGGAAUCAAGCUGAUUUCUGAGCAAUUUAAACAACAAAAACUCAAUUUUGAACAUGUUGGAAGUAACCGGAUCAAACCAGGAUUCAAAAAGUAUGCCUGCACACUUACUCUGGACUCCAAAACAGCACAUAAGAAUGUGCUUCUAUCUGACGGGAACAGAAAGGUGACCUGGGUAGAGAAAGAGCAGCCCUAUCCUGAUCACAAAGAAAGGUUUGAGCACUACGCUCAGGUCCUGUGUGAACAGGGCCUACAGGAGCGUUGCUACUUUGAGGUGGAUGUGGUGGAGCCCUGCACUGUUGGCCUAGCAUACAAAAGCAUCAACAGAAAAGGAGACACGGUGAACUGCAGGUUUGGGAUGAAUGAAAAGUCCUGGUCCCAGAGUUGCUCAGGACAUGGUUGCUACAUAUGGCAUAAAAACAAUGGUACUUUUGUCUCCUCUUUGCGCUGCUCUCGUGUUGGAGUGUACCUGGAUUAUGAGGCUGGCAGCAUAUCUUUCUAUAAAGUGUCUAAUGACAGCUGCAGUCAUCUUCAGACCUACAAAGAUCUGAGGUUCAGUGAGGCCCUCUAUCCCGCUGUUGAACUUCAUCCUCAUUCUUCUGCUUUUUUUUGUUAGCUAACAUUACAUAAGGAAAGUGCAAAGCACAGAGGGAGGAGCGAGUAAGGAGCUUCUUUAUUAUUAGGGCUGUAAUAUUCUAAAGUAAGAAGUGGAUCUGCCCAUAUAUCAGAUAAUAAAAUUAAAAUAUGUCUUGUAUUUUUAAAUAAUAAAGCAAAUCUUAUUUUUUUAUCCUUUUAUUUUCCGUAAAUUAAAUGAUAUAAAAAUUUUAAAAAUCUCUAUUGUAGUAAUUCAAAUUAAAAAGUGACCUCCAAUGACCCCCUAAGAGAGACUCCCAUCCCUGUGAGUUUUUUCUUCGUAUGUAUUGUAUUGCUGUACAUAGUUCAGGAUUCAAAGGAGUUCUGAUAUUAAGGUAUAUAUUUGUUAAAAGGAGCUGCAUUCUCCAGAAAACCUCUAAAUGGGGGAAUAAACAUUAAUUUGUUUUGUCAAACCAGUAAAUUUUUGACUAAACAAGUUUGGUGUUUUAUUUGUGAUCUUUUAUUGAAUGAGUAAAUACUAAGGUUUUAUAGGCAGUAUUUGUUUAAACACUUUGGUAAAACAAGGAGAGCAUCAUGUUUCCUAAACAUUAAAUUUAUCCUUGUUCCAGCGUCUAACACUGUAGUCUUGCUUAAUGUUAAUAUUAGUGUCUGACGAUAUUAGCCCGACACACCUGGAUUAAUGAGUCUGUCCAGUAAUAAAAGACAGGAAACUAAGGUUGUUCAAGAAGUUGUGGAGUUGGGCAUAUAAUACACUCGCUCUGCACCUUUAUAAGAAUAUCACUGUAUACAAAACCCAUAAAGAAGUACUGUGUGUACUCACAUAAAUGUUUGCUAAUUAUUUAACUGUCAUGUUGUCGAGCUUUCUAGGCCAGUAAUACUCUAUACUCAAUGAUGCUUGUUUACUGCAGCAUAAAAAGUUUCCAAGCUGAAGUGGUGGUUAUGUGUUUGGCUUUUAAGCAGCUAAAGUCAAAGAACCAGACGUCAGCCAGCCUUAAAAAAAAAAAAAAAA